UCGUCAGGACUCGACCAAUCACAGUGGACGAGGGCGGGGUUAACAAAAUACCGGAAAACACAAGCACAAGCUAGAACUUUCGAGAAGCAGGAGAAGAGAAAGCGGGCUCAUGGCAAGCGACAGGAGUUUUACUGACAGCUUCAUAGACGCGGACCCAGCUCGGGCGCUUGAGGAGCUGAACGAGGCUCUAGGCGAGACGGCCGAUAACGCAGAAUGGCUGUGUCAGCGAGCGUACGCGCACAUCCUGCUCAAAGACUUUACCAGUGCAGUUGAUGAUGCUAAGAAAGCACAGCAGCUUCAGCCUGGUAUGGCACUCGCAUUCCUGAGAACAGGAAUUGCAGAAUAUCAUCUUAACAACAUCCGUGCUGCACACCAGGCCUUCACAGCUGGAAAAGGGCUUGAAGUUUCAAGUUUAUUUUUCACAGGUGCUACUGAAGCCUUCCAAACAUGGAUCCAGAAGUGUGAAGAAAAAAUGGCAACACAAGACCGAAAUGAAACCUCAGAUUUGCAGCGAACUGCAACUCCACAUGUCAAACACGACUGGUACCAGACGGAAUCUCAGGUUACUGUCACACUGAUGGUAAAAAAUGUCAAGAAGGAAGACGUUCGCAUCAUGUUUCAGGAAAACGAGUUAAAAGCAAUGGUGAAACUUCCAUCCGGUGAGGUUUGCAGCCUAAAUAUCCACCUACUACACCCUGUGGUUCCUGAGCAGAGCACAUACAAGAUCCUCUCCACUAAGGUUGAGAUAAAAAUGAAGAAGACAGAAGCCAUCCGGUGGGAGAAGCUGGAAGGCGAAGGCAUCCUUCCCGACCUGAAGCACUUUUCUCCCUCGCAGAACCAAUACCCGUCAUCCUCCCACUACACUCGCAACUGGGACAAGUUGGUGGGUGAUAUUAAGGAGGAAGAGAAGAAUGAGAAGCUGGAGGGGGAUGCAGCACUGAAUAAGCUGUUCCAGCAGAUCUACUCGGAUGGCUCAGAUGAGGUCAAGAAGGCCAUGAACAAGUCCUUUAUGGAAUCGGGAGGCACAGUUCUCAGUACCAACUGGAUGGACGUGAGCAAAAGGAAAGUAGAUGUUAAUCCCCCUGAUGAUAUGGAAUUUAAGCAGUAUUGAAGGAACUUUACAUCAACACACGUACAGUUCCAUAAUCACCUGACAGCCUUGUUCUUUUUAUUCGUCCUGUUCUUCAAACUUAAUUGCAUAAUCACAAGCUGGGACUAACUGCACAUCUUUAUCUCCCAUAACUAUUCACUGCUGAUAGAUGAUUGGCCUAGAAUGAAAGAUCAGCUGGUCUAAGGACCGCCCCCUGUCAUUAUAGAUGUGUACUACACCUAUUUUUUUUUUAUUUAGCCGUGACACUGGCAUCUGAAACAUCUUAUCUUUGACAUUAUUUACCUUCUCAAGUAUCCCUCAUCACUUCAGGUCGGCAUGCAUCAGGUCAUUUUGCAAUCUAUUUUUAAGGGGUUGUAUUUUUUUCCUUAAAUAUUAAGACAUGUAAAUAAAGAUUUUCUUGCCCUGUAAA